AUGAAUUUUCUUAGUGGUCAUUGUUGUUCAAAAUUAAAUUAUCUUAUUUGUGGUUCAAAAGAUUUUUCAUUGAAAAAGAAAAAGAAACAAUUCAACUUACGGCAACAAGCUAUUGCCAAUCGUGUUUCUUUAAAUAAUAAAAUUAUAUAUAAAAAUGAACCGUCUUCAAUUAUCUUCAAUGAUAAAAAUAAUAUUAAUAUUAAUAAACAAUCAUUAUAUGAUACACUUCAACAACAGAACAGUUCAGAAACAAAAUUCAAAUAUAAUAAAGAUAUUCAAACAAUGACAAACUCUUCUUAUGAAUCUUUAUUAAAUAAUUCGAAUGAUAAUCAAUUAUUUGAUAAAUAUUCUCCAACAAUAAAUAAUGAUAUAAUUAUUAAAGAUGUUAUACUUGAUCGUAAUUAUCCAAAUCAACGAUUAGGUUUAACUCUAUGUUAUGGUAUAACAUCAACAUCAACAAUAAAUAUUUAUAUUGAACAAGUUGAGAAAAAAAGUCUUGCUGAUCAUCAAGGACAACUUCAAGCUGGUGAUCAAAUUAUUAAAAUAAAUAAUCAUCGAGUUACAAAUAGACAUCAAGCUAUUUAUCUUGUUAAUCAAACUUCUCAGAUUAUAUUACAAAUUAUUCGAUUUAAAUCUAGAAAAACAAAUUUGUCAAAUAUUGAAUCUCAAUUAACAACACCAAAAACUGUAAAAAAAUUUGAUAGUGGAAUUAUUCUUGCUUCAAAUACAGAUUUCGAAACAAAUAAUCAAUUUAUAUAUAAAAAAUGUUUAAAUCAAUAUAAUUUUAUCAGAAAAAGUUCUACUAGUUUAUCUUGUUUAGCAUUUGAAAAUUGUUCAAAUUGUCGUCAUAAUCGUUUAUAUUCUCAACAAAUUCAAUAUCGUCGUUGUUUAUCUUUAAAUGAUUUAAAAAUUUAUCGAAUUAAUGAAGAAAAUUUGAAAUGUAAUCAAAAAGAUUUAAUUAAUUGUGAAGAAGAAUUUAAAAUAAAAAAAACUAAUGAAAAAUCAAUAAUAAAACCACUUUCAUUUAAUAAUCAUAAUGAUAAAGUAAUUGAAAGAUAUUUUAAUUAUUUAAAAGAAUAUUGUGAUCAUAAUAAUCAUACUAAUAAAUAUCAAUUAAAUAAAGAUGUACAAUCUCAAAAUAAACAAAAUUGUAAAACUAAUCGUCGUCGUUAUCGUAAAAAAAAUAUCAAAGAAAAAACUCAAUUAUUAAUAAGACCAGACAAUGAUUUAAUCAAUAAAUUAAAAUAUGAUCGAUAUUCGACUAUAAAUCAAUUUCAAAGAUCAAAAAUAAAUAAACAACGAUUUGAUUUCUUUCAAGAAAAUUCACUAAAUUCAUUAACAGAAGAUUUUAAUUUAUUAAAUCGAAUAUUUUUAUAUGAAAAUAAACAAGAAUUAAAAGAAAAACCUUAUUUAGCAAUUAAAUAUCAACAAGAAUCAAUAAAUGAAAAAGAAAAAUUAAAAAAAAUUCUUCAACAAUAUAAAAUGAAUCCUAAUUUAACAUUUCAAUCAACACAAUAUGAAACAAUUAAUUCAACUGAAGAUAAUCCAUCAACUAUUAUCAUUUAA